AUGCUUAGGCAGGCAAUAUACCCAUGGACUCUGGAAAGUGUUAAUGAUGUUGCAAAUGCUCAAAAUCCAGAUUACCCGAACAGAUAUUUCGUACCAAUUAAAUUUGAUUAUGCAGUACGAGGAGCAUAUAACGUCUCAGAAUGUUUGGAGGAAUUGCUCACUUGUUGGGAACUGAUCAGGCCUUUGUAUAUGUGUACUCAGUUCAGAAUGAAAGACUCACUUUGUUCGAACAUGAGGGAGUAUUGCCACGAUGAACACGGAGAUUUUCCCGUUUCGUGGUUCCGUUUCGAUUUAUCAGAGCAUAUUUGUAUGGACGCCGCUUCUAACUAUGAAUCAUAG